AUGGACAGCUCUCGGCUGUGCCUCUGUGAAGCUUCUCCACCUGGCGCUCUCAACGCCCGGAUCUGCUGCAGAGGACAAGCGAGGUCCGGAGGAUUCUGGAGACCUUGGAUUCCCACCCCCAAAGAUGCAGAAAGGCAGCGCAGGCGAAACUACAGGGCGUUGUGCAGCUCUUCUGAGACAGACUCAGCAAAACUCACACAGUAUAUACAUCCAGUUAGGUUAUUAUGGCCCAAAUCAAGGUGCUUUGACUACUUGUAUCAAGAAGCUGAAGCACUUCUGAAGAACUUCCCUGUCCAAGCCACAAUUUCCUUCUAUGAAGAUUCAGAGAAUGAGGAAGAUAGUGAUGACUCGGAACAUGACUCUGGAGCAGAAUUGGAUUCUUAAUUAUAAUGAAUGUUAAUACCCCUGUUC